AUGUACGCAUACAGCAACGCUCAACCUAGACGCAAAAUUGGUAACUUCUCUCACACUCUCCGCUCCUCUGGCACCGGCUACGAGUACAUCCGCAGUUCUCUUGAGGAUUUUUUGUCCGCAGUAAAGGGACAAGGAGAGGCGAAGGCGCAAUUUGCUUGGGCACAUAGCUCGCAUUCGUUCCCACCUCGAUCGACUAAUUACAGGCGAUGA